GUCUCUCCCAUAAUCCCUAGCGUGCGUUCUUUUCUCGUGUAUCAAGCGAAAGGAGCUUGAAAGCUCAAGCGAAGUCUUCUCCUAAAACUGCAAAUUAAUCUGUCCAAAUAACGAUCAACGGACAUGUUUUCCAGAUAUUUUGAAACAGCAAAAAACAGCACGUUAGGUGAUCCAUUAUCUGUCGCAAAAUGCCCCAGCGAUGUCAGGUCACAUCGGAAUUCCAGUCGUCUAAUGGCUUCGGCCGCUGGUGAGCAACAUAGCUGUGAGUUUGGUAGCGCCAAGUACUAUGCCCUGUGUGGUUUUGGAGGAAUUCUCAGUUGUGGGCUCACUCACACAGCAGUGGUUCCACUUGAUCUUGUCAAAUGCAGAAUUCAGGUUGAUCCUAAGAAGUAUGGAAGUAUGGUGAAUGGUUUUAAGAUAACAUUAAAAGAGGAUGGAGUUAGAGGCUUGGCUAGGGGAUGGGCACCCACCUUCAUUGGCUACUCUAUGCAAGGUUUGGGCAAGUUUGGCUUCUAUGAAGUAUUCAAGAUCAUGUAUGGAAACAUGCUAGGAGAGGAAUACUCAUAUCUGUAUAGGACAUCUCUGUACCUGGCAGCCUCAGCAAGUGCUGAGUUCUUUGCUGAUAUUGCUCUUGCUCCAAUGGAGGCAGUAAAGGUCCGUAUUCAAACACAGCCUGGCUGGGCUGGAACCCUACGCGAGGGCGUCCCCAAGCUCAUGAAAGAGGAAGGAAUCAGGGGAUUCUACAAGGGUCUCCCCCCACUGUGGAUGAGACAGAUCCCUUACACCAUGAUGAAGUUUGCAUGCUUCGAGAGGACAGUUGAGGCACUCUACAAAUAUGUUGUCCCUAAACCAAGGAGCGAGUGCACUAAGCCUGAGCAGCUAGUGGUCACCUUUGCUGCAGGUUAUAUUGCUGGUGUCUUCUGUGCUAUUGUGUCUCACCCUGCUGACACUGUGGUCUCCAAGCUUAACAAUGACGUAGGCAGCACGCCUAUCCAAGCAGCAAGAGACCUUGGAAUGAAGGGGCUGUGGAAGGGACUUGGACCCCGUAUUGUCAUGAUUGGAACCCUCACUGCCCUGCAGUGGUUCAUCUAUGACUCAGUGAAGGUGUUCUUCAGACUCCCACGCCCACCACCACCAGAGGAGCCUGAGAGCUUGAAGAGGAAGCGCCUUGCAGCCCAACAGGCUGUCUAAACUACACCCUCCCCUCAUACAGCUCCUUGAUUAGCCUCUCAGGGACGUGUUUUUAUUGUACUAGUCUGACAUGUAGUCUUGAAGUGUGAGCCGGAUCUGUGGAAAGCUCAUUUGAUGGACAGUUUGCAAUCUAAAAGCACCUACUGCACUUCAAGUGUAUUGCUUCUCCUGAUUUUUUUUUAAUGGUGCACUUGUGGGAAAUGAGUGAAAUUCCAUAUGGAUCAAUAUAGAAUGUAUUAAAUGGAUGCGACGCUUUCAAUAAAGAUGGUAUUUAAGUUGCUAA